AUGAAUGCAUUUUUGUCGUUUCUAGAGCGCGAGCCAGAUCUCGAGCAGGCGCUGUACGGGGUAGACUAUAAGCUCGAACCGGGGUGCGCGCACUGUUUCGAGACGCUGAGCGUGCGCGUCGUCGACGAGUUGUGUCCGUUCGGUGAAGUGAACUUGGGCGUGGAUGGAGAAUGCGUGCAAAGUUUGACGCCUGAGGAAUGGGCGGCGGAGGUUCGAUCGCGAGAUACGACGAAGUCGAGUUUAUUGGACGUUCGAAAUUUCUACGAGAGCCGCCUUGGCCAUUUUUUCGGCAGCACUUGCGCGCCCAUUCGCCGGUUUUCGCAGUUCAAGGAGUGGCUGGCACGCGAUGGCGUGCUCGAGAGAGAAAUCAAGGAUAAGGACCUGUAUAUUUUCUGCACCGGAGGCGUACGGUGCGAAAAGGUGGCGACGUAUUUGACGACGCGGCUACCCGAGGGCUCGCGGCCGAGGACCGUUCGUAAACUAGCCGGCGGCAUCGUGGCGUACGCCAAGUCUGGAAUAAACGAACGUGACGGUUUAUUCAAGGGCUCCAAUUAUGUUUUCGACGCGCGCGGUUCGACUCCUGUCGGUCAAGACUUACCAUCGACGUCUUGGUGCGACGGAUGCGGCGACGCGAGUGGUCGAAUUUCAAAGUGCGUCGGAAAGUCGUGUCACGUCAUCCUCAUCGCGUGCGAGCGCUGCGGCGAUACCGUGUACUGUUGCACGAGCUGCCGUGAUCAAACAGAGCGAGCGCGCUUGGAUGAGGACAACUUCAGACGGCGCGCAUGCGAGUGUGACUCAUUCGAAUCGCGCGAACGCCGACUUCGUCACGCGCAGCGAUGA